AUGCCACCAGCUCAAACGAAGUUCACGAUGUUAGCAACACCUCCAAUGGCCACUGAAGACUGUUCUCUCAUCCCUUCCGACAUUGUCGAAGCAUUUGUCCAAUUCAUCGGCGAUGACAUCCUCUCCCACCCCAUCGAUACCGAGCCAGCCACUCUUCACACCCUCAAGAACACAGCGAGAGCAGUUGGUGUAGCUUGCAUGAGAGCUCUCAAGUAUGCGGACGACCCAGCCAUGAGCCUCGACAUUACGGUUACGGACAGGCAGUGGAGGGACGUGAAGUUGUUGAUGGUCACGUUGUGCAGGCUUGCUAGGGCUAGAUCGGCGACUGUGGAGAUGAUCAAGGAUUACCAGAUCAUCGGCAUCUUGGCUAUGUUCGGCAGUCCUUUCAACAAUCUUCCUUUCCCUAUUCCAGAUGUCGCAAAGCGCUUGAAGGAGAUUUUUAUGCUUAUUCUGGACGGCAAGUUGGCAGUUAAAGUAGAUACAGAAUCGUUAACCAUAGGUGUCACUGUCAAGUCCGAGAUUGAUACACUGUUCGUCAAGAAGGAAGACCCCGACAAGGAGAAUACCAAGUUCGACAUGCCACUAUUCGUGGAGCAGGGAGAGCAAGACGACGAGAAUACUAAAUCUGAAUCAGACUCCGAGAAUGAUAUCCUCACAAGCACGUACGCAGAGAAGGGAGUGGAACUUACAAUCAUUGAUCACCACGAGGUUGUAAACAGCGAGAGAAGAGAAAUACCAUGGAGAAGCGCGCCCCCAAAUCAUCCAAUCUUCGGUCUCCACGGCAUUAUGCACCAUAUUGUCUUCCGAAAAGACACUAAUAAGUCCUACAAGAUUGACCCCGAAUACUCGUCUCGUGACGGAUCUGUAAUUGGACAUAAUGGAUUUGAGGUUGGAGCUUGGUUUCCGAGGCAAUUGGCUAUGGUCCGGGAUGGCAUGCAUAAUCACACAACGGCUGGUAUAUCCGGCACACUCGCAGCUGGCGCCUACAGCGUCGUCCUCUCCAGUGCAACCUCAAAGUUCUCCAACAAGUCCUCCGACGUCUCUUCCAACUCCCAUGACUUCAGAUACCCAGCAACGAACAUCGACCUAGGCACAGUCAUCUAUUACAGCAGUACUGUCAAACCUCUCAAGUCGAAUCCUUCCUCCACAUCUGCGAGCAACAUAAAUAGAAACAUAGGCUCACUCACCCUCGCCAAGUCCAUGAAGACAGGUAACCCCAUCCGCGUCAUUCGAAAGUGGACGUGCGAUUUCGAGGAUAGACCGAGUGUGGGAUUUAGAUAA